GGAGACAGAGACUGGAAAAAACAAAGAUGGCAGUGUAGAUUAAGGGACGGACUAUCGAAGAGACUCUGCAUCAAACUGAUAACUUUUUGGCUUUCGGGCGAAUCCGGAUCGUGUCGGAGCGGUUCGUGUUUGUUCGGAAGGUGGACCGGAGGCGAAAAGCCCGGCCGGGUAGCGGAGAGUCGCCGUGCGCGUGCUGUCACGGCGGAUAACGGCACUAAACAACAGCCUGUUGUUUUGUUGAGGCUUAGACAAGCUGUUUUUUUCUGUCUCUUUACAAGCUGUGAGCGAAAGCUAACCUGUGUUAUAUCCAAAAAUAGCAGGCAUUCAUGCAGGCUAAACUGCAGUGAAACACAGAUGAAAUUAUAUUCACUGUCCCCUAAUCUAGGAUCAUAUAACCCGAUAUUAAUUUAUUUGAAGGAUUGUUUACAAUUGAAUGAAUUGUUGGCUCUUCAGAUCCCCCAUCAUUCUUACAGGCCAGAAAUAGCUUGGAAAAAACUGUAAAUCUCACACUGACACUGCGAAUCCUGUGCUCGAACAGCCCAAACACCCCUCUCUGACACAUUGGAUCGGGCUCGGAUGUCUUCGAUGGAAGAGAGGAUGGAAUUAGGCGUCGCAGCCGCCUCGGGCUCCUCGUCUGCGGGUCUGGGUGUCGGUCCGGUGGGGGGCGCCCUGGAUGCGGGUCCGGUGAACGCAGGACUGGCAGGUAUUCAAGAGGAGUCCGGAGUACGGAGAGACGGUUCUGGUACCGAGGCCGACUCGGACGCACCGCCCAAGAAGCGCGUGAGACUGCAGGAAGGGGAAGCGGGGAAGCUCGAGGAGCGCCUGUACUCUGUGCUGUGCUGCACGGUGUGUCUUGACCUGCCUAAAGCCUCUGUGUACCAGUGUACAAAUGGGCACCUGAUGUGCGCUGGCUGUUUUAUCCACCUGCUUGCCGACGCACGUCUGAAAGAGGAGCAGGCUACGUGUCCUAACUGCCGCUGUGAAAUCAGUAAGAGUCUGUGUUGCAGGAACCUGGCGGUGGAGAAAGCUGUGAGUGAACUGCCCUCUGAGUGCAGCUACUGCCUUAAACAGUUCCCUCGCUCCAGCCUAGACCGCCAUCAAACAGAGGAGUGCCAGGACAGACUGACACAGUGUAAGUACAAGCGGAUUGGCUGCCCAUGGCAGGGGCCUUUCCAUGAGCUCAGUGCUCAUGAGGCAGAGUGCUCCCACCCCUCCAAGACUGGCAUGGAGUUGAUGGGUAUACUGGACGAGAUGGACCAGAGCCAUCGCAGAGAGCUACAGCUCUACAGCAGCAUAUUUAGCCUACUGUGCUUUGAGAAGAUUGGUUUUACAGAGGUGCAGUUCCGGCCGUACCGCACCGAUGACUUUAUCACUCGACUAUAUUACGAGACACCGCGCUUCACCGUGCUCAACCAAACCUGGGUGCUGAAGGCGCGGGUCAACGACUCCGAACGCAACCCUAACCUAUCUUGCAAACGUACGCUCUCCUUCCAGCUCAUCCUGAAGAGCAAAGUGAACUCUGCACUGGAGUGCUCCUUCCUGCUGCUGAAGGGCCCGUACGAUGAUGUGAAAAUCAAACCCGUCAUCCAGCACCACGUCUUCUCCAACGAUGCAAAUGAAACCGAGUACGCCCUGCUGCCCAUCAGCGACAGUGUGGAGUGCAACAAGCUGCUGGCUGCCAAAAACAUCAACCUCCGCCUCUUCAUCUUUCAGAUCCAGAAAUAGAGGCUUGAGAUGUUGGGAUGGAAGAAAUGGAUCAGACAAGGGGAGGAGGGUAUGGCAUGAACAAAGAAGGAGAGACGGAGGGGAGACAAGCACCACUGAACCACAGAUACCUCUACGGGAGCAAGGAAGGAGACGGAUGAUGAAAUACGGCCCAUCAGUACUGCAGUAGAUUGUUUGUUUUUGUGCAAGUGUGUGUUGUUGCUGGUCAGCUUUCAGACCCUCUAUGGCCAAAACAAUCUGCGUUUUUCCAUUAACAAUCUCACCCAAUACCCUGCUGAUCUCUCGUUGGCAGAACAAAACAGGCCUGAAUGGACAGCACAAAAGUGACUGUAUUUGUGUGUUUCCUUGAGCCUGUUUGUCAAUCAAGACCAAUGAUGAGUAAUAUAAGGAACGAGCCUGCUGUGUGACUGACUGAAUGAGUGAGUGUAUUUCUGUGACAAAGAGGUAGAAACAGAUUUGAGGUGUAAUACAGCCUAUCAUUCAGGCAAUGUGUGUAUCCAUGCAGUGUGCUGUCCUGUUUAAAACCUUACCCACACAGACACUGCAGCACAGAGGCUGCAAGCAACUGCUUUAAGUGUAUUUUUUUAUAUGUGAAGGUAGCCAUUUUCACUGAAGUGCAGCAGUACAGUUAGGCUGAAUAAAAUGGCUGCCAACCCCAGAACCCAAAAGAUGCGAUAUUGCAUGAUUUUAGUUUGAUUUUUGUGUGCUCCCUGGAAUGCACACUUUUAGUUAAGUAGCAUUGUAGCCCUGUAAUGUAACUUAAGUUUGACCUUAUUAACACAUUUAUUUAAAAAUGAAAAAAAAAACAACUACCUGUGGACCUUUUUUCCUCCUGUGAUUAUUAUUAUAAUUUUUUUUUCUUCUCCUCUUAUGUGUCCUUUUACCCCCCCCCAGCAGUUUGUGAACACAGGUACAUUUCUCAAAUCCUAAUGUCAUAAUGCCAUCAGUAAAGUCAUCAUUAUUUAUAUUUUAUUUAACCUACAUUUAUUAAUGAGGUAACAUAGACUCACACAUACAAUCUACAUUCAUACCUUCAUUAGAAAUUCACACACACACAGUCACACAAAGCUGGGGGAAAACAAGAGCCAACGGGGGUACUUGAUUCUCAUUUCAGAUAAACUCUGCUGUGACUUAUCAGUUUAGACAUACUUGAAUUAUGAACGACAGAACAACAAACACAGUUGGGCUGAUCUACCAGAGACUGUCACUUCUGGUUAGAAGAGUUUAGAUUAAAACUGUUUCUGCAUUUAAAAGCUUUUAAUUCUCACGUUACUCUGGCUGUAUAUGUGCCUUUCUAUUAAAGCUCAUUUUAAACUUA